AUGGAAGUGAUGCUCAGACGUCUAAAAACAGAAGCAGACAAAGUAGGAUUAAGCAUAAACAUCGACAAAACAAAGUCAAUGCGCAUUAACACAAACAACAACACUCCAUUCAAUGUAGGAAUCAAACAUGUCGAGAAUGUAACAGAGUUUACUUACCUGGGAAGUAUUCUAACAGCAAACGGUGGCGCAGACGCGGAUAUUGUCAGCAGGAUCAGGAAGGCGCAGCGAGCCUUUGGCCAACUAAAAUCAGUUUGGACCUCCCGUCAACUCUCCAUACAAACAAAAUUAAGAAUAUUCAAUUCCAACGUCAUACCAGUUUUAUUAUAUGGCUGCGAGACAUGGAGAGUGACAAAAAUAUCCAUCAACCGUCCACAGGUGUUUAUCAAUCGCUGCUUGCGGAAAAUACUUAAAAUCUUUUGGCCAGACACCAUACGUAACACCGACCUGCUUCAUCUUACAAACCAACAAGAAGUAGGCAUUGAAAUCCUCAAAAGAAAAUGGGGUUGGAUAGGUCACACUUUGCGGAAACCUGAUAGUAAUAUAGCGAGAUCAGCGUUGGAGUGGAAUCCCCAAGGAAAAAGAAAGCAAGGACGACCUGCUCAAACAUGGAGACGUUCCAUACUGGAUGAGCUUCAACAAGUAGGGUCAACAUGGAAGGAAGCAAAAACAACUGCCAAAAACAGAACCCGAUGGAGAGCUUUCACUGAAGCCCUUUGCUCCGUGCAGGAGAUAUAG